GUUAUAGUUGUUGUGAGUGUCUCUCUCUCUCUUCCUUGCGACACCUCUCUGCUUUCCUUGUAGGUUGAAACACGCAAAACCAGAGUUCGAAGAGAGAGAGAGAGAGAGAGAGAGAGAGAGAGUUUUGCCAAGGAAUUUGUACUUUAUAGCCUAAUUUGGAUCUGGGUUUUGCCUGAAUUGACUUGGCUGACUUGCAACCAAUAGUGGGUAUUUUUUGGAUUUAGCUUUUUUUUUCUCCUUUUUUUAGAGAGAGAGAGAGAGAGAGAGAGAGAGAGUUUUAAGGAUGUCUUGGAAGAGCAGAGGAGGGAUGGAGUCAGCUUCGAAGAGUGUGGUGUCUCGGAAAUGGACUCUCUUUCUUUGUUUUGGCUGCUUUUGUGCUGGGUUGCUCUUCUCCGACAGAAUGUCGAUGGUACCUGAAAAGAACAUAUCAAGAACAACUAGAGUGGAUGAGGAAAUGCAAACGCUAGUUUCAGGCUGUGAUCCAAAAAUUAAGGAUGUAGACCAUGAAUCAAAGGACGUAUAUGGAGAAGUUACAAGGACUCAUGACGCUAUACAAACAUUGGAUAAAACCAUUUCAAAUUUGGAAAUGGAAUUAUCGGCCGCAAGGGCUGCUCAGGAAUCCAUCCUCAAUGGUUCGCCCAUAGACGAUAAUUUGAGAAUAUCUGGAUCAAUUAGAAAAAGAAAAUACUUGAUGGUCAUAGGGAUCAACACUGCUUUUAGUAGCAGAAAGCGAAGAGAUUCUGUUCGCGCAACUUGGAUGCCUCAAGGUGACAAGAGGAAGAAGCUAGAGGAAGAAAAGGGCAUCAUAAUGCGGUUUGUGAUUGGUCACAGUGCUACAUCUGGUGGUAUUCUUGAUAAGGCUAUUGAAGCUGAGGGCAGAAGGCAUGGUGAUUUCUUGAGGCUGGAACAUGUUGAAGGGUAUCUUGAAUUGUCAGCCAAGACGAAGACAUACUUCGCUGCUGCCGUUGCUUUGUGGGAUGCAGACUUCUAUGUCAAAGUUGAUGAUGAUGUGCAUGUAAAUAUAGCAACACUUGGAGCAACUUUGGCAAGGCAUAGGGACAAAUCUCGAGUGUAUAUCGGGUGUAUGAAAUCUGGGCCAGUCCUUGCUCAAAAGGGAGUAAGGUACCAUGAACCAGAACAUUGGAAAUUCGGCGAGGAUGGUAACAAGUAUUUCCGCCAUGCCACAGGACAGUUAUAUGCUAUCUCAAAAGACUUGGCUACGUAUAUAUCAAUUAACCAGCAUGUGUUACACAGAUACGCAAACGAGGAUGUUUCACUUGGAUCGUGGUUUAUUGGCUUGGACGUGGAGCAUAUUGAUGACCGGAGAUUAUGCUGCGGAACACCACCCGAUUGCGAGUGGAAGGCUCAAGCAGGCAAUGUCUGUGUGGCUUCUUUCGACUGGAGCUGCAGUGGCAUCUGCAGAUCUGUGGAGAGGAUGAAGGAGGUCCACAGGCGCUGCGGAGAAGGCGAGAAUGCGUUGUGGAGCGCAGAAUUUUGACACAAACCUUUUUUUUUCUCUCUUCCAUACUCGGGAAGAAAUAAUUGUAGAUUGCUGUGAGCUUGUUUUGUGCACGUCCGUACAGGGAAAUGUUUGUAUGUGUAUAACACAUGAUAUAUGACAUAUAAAUUGUAAAAUGAGACCUACAGGCUAAAAGGGUUCGGUGCCCCUUUGGGGAUUUCUGCUCCGUUUUAGAUGAGGAGAAAGACCCAAAUAGCAAAUCCUCAGAAGAAGCUAGUAAGCUUUAUAUAUUGUAGUGAAGCAUUCUUUUAAAAAGUGAUUGGAAAAAAAGCUAUUUUUUAA